AUGGGCUCACUGGCACCAGCUUCGUGGGAGCUCAAGGCCGAGAAGUUGAGAAAGAUUCUGAAGGACUCGCUCAAUCCGAAAUGGCUUUUGGCCCCGGACGACUUACCUCCCGCGAGCCAGUUGAACGUCUCCAAGUUCAUUGACACGUGCAAGAUAUUGACUACACGAGAGCAGGAGAUCACAGCAUGCACUGGCACCGAGCUGGUCAGCCAAAUGGCUGCUGGCAAGCUUACCGCCGUUGAGACAGUGACGGCGUUCCUCAAACGCGCUCAUGUAGCACAUCAACUCACCAAUUUUGCGACCGAAUUCCUGGUCGAUGACGCGCUGAACGCCGCUGCAAAGCUCGAUGCGCAUUUCAAGGAGACUGGAAAGAUUGUAGGACCGCUACAUGGCCUGCCUAUCUCCAUCAAAGAGCACAUCGGACUCAAGGGUCGUAUUGUGCAUUCCGCCUACGUGGCUUGGGCGGACAACGUGGCCACAGAAGACGCUCUCGUUCUGCGUCUGGCUGCCAAGGCUGGGGCGAUCUUUCAUGUUCGCACCAAUGUGCCUCAAAGUUGCAUGCACCUCGACUGCAGCAAUCCCAUCUACGGCACGACAGUCAACCCCUACAAUCGCAAUCUCACAUCAGGCGGCUCCAGCGGCGGCGAAGGAGCUUGCCUCGGACUUCGUGGCUCUGUAUUGGGCCUCGGUACUGACAUUGGGGGUUCCGUUCGUGGACCGGCGGCCUUUUGUGGCUGCUAUGGCCUUCGUACGACGGCUCUGCGCAAUCCAUACAAAGGCAUUUGCGUACCGGGUCUAGGUCAAGAGAGCAUUAGAUGCAUAUUGGGCCCGUUGGCAAACAGUGUUUCAGACAUACAGCUUUUUGAAGACGUUGUUCUCAAUCAAGAGCCUUGGGAUGAGGAGACUUCUCUUGUGCCUCUACCGUGGAAGAAGAUUGAGCCGUACCAGCCUGGACAACUUACCGUCGGUGUUAUCUGGGACGAUGGUAUGGUCCAUCCGCACCCCCCAGUCACUCGUGGCCUCAAGUACGCGGUGGAGAAGCUCAAGGCAGCCGGCGUAAAAGUUGUAGACUUUGAGCCGUAUAAGCACAGCGAAGGCGCUGAGAUCAUUGAGCUUCUCUACUUCCCUGACGCGGCUGCUACGCAGAGGGAAGUCCUCGCAGAAGGAGGUGAGCCAGUUGCGCCGUUGACGGAAUGGGCAUUCAACUACUCAAAGCCUGAGCCGCUCACAAUAAGAGAAAACUGGGACUUGAACCUGCGAAGAGAGGCGUUUCGUGAAGACGUCGACAGUUACCACCGGGUUAUGAAAGAACGCGGCGUCGAUUUCAUCCUGUGCCCCGCCUAUGUCGGCGUUGCCGCGAAGUGCGGCACUCCCCAGUACUGGCAUUACACAACUAUCUGGAACAUCCUUGACCAUCCAAGCAUCACCUUUCCGACUGGUCUUCAUGUUGAUCCUGCGGUGGACGUAGUCGAUACGGAUUACAAGCCCCGUUCUGAAACCGAAGAAAGGGAGUAUAAAAAAUAUGUUCCAGAAGAGUUUGUAGAUGCUCCCAUUGCCCUGCAACUUGCUGGAAAGCACUUCCGUGAUGAGGAGACGGUGGCAGCAGCAGCGUUGGUGACAAAGAUAAUCCAAAAUUGA